AUGUCUUCCAACGGUUCCGAACGUCUCAAGAACAGAAAACCCAUCAAGAAGCCCGUCCCGGCUUACCUUCCGGGUCCUGGCUCCGUGCUCACCGUCGAUCAAACCCUCUACUCAACCAUCCGCGAAGCUCCCCGUGAGCUUAUUGAGGAAUUUACUCUUCCCAUUCGCUCUGGAAAAGCAUGGAAGGCGCCUGCUGGUUCAAUCGUCAAGAUUAGUACACCUGAGGGACCGCAAGUUGGCGACUUGAACAUCUGGAACGCCCAUAACCCCCGCGAACGCUUCUGGGCGAGUCGCACUAAGCAACUUCAUGCUUCGCAUGUCUCAACUUAUGAUCGUCUUUGGUCUAAUUUGCCUUACAUGCGUCCUCUGGCGACUAUUAUUACUGAUAGUUUGGACUGGUAUGGUACUGAUGAGCAUGGUGGUCGUGUGCACGAUUUACUCGGCACGCGAUGUGAUCCAUACAUCAACACCGUCCUUAGCGGCGGCCAGUAUAACUUCCAAUGCCAUUCUAACCUUACCCGCUCUGUGCUGCCAUAUGGGCUGAAUGAGCAGGAUGUUCACGACGUGAUUAACAUUUUCCAGGUCACUGGAUUAGAUGAGCAGGGACGAUACUUUAUGAAUCCUUGUCCGGCUGAGAAGGGUGAUCAUAUUGAGUUUUUGGCUGAGCAAGAUCUUUUGAUGGCAUUGAGCACUUGUCCUGGUGGUGAUCUUUCUCUUUGGGGUUUUGGAGAGGAUAGUGAAGAAGAGAUGAUCAAGUGCUGCCGUCCUCUCAGGGUCGAAGUGUAUCGCCUUAAAGAUGAGACCUUGUUGCAGAAGAAUGGAUGGAAGCCAGCUGAAGUCUCUGGCUACAGUGGACGUCACGGACUUGAUGUCCCGUUGGGUGAGAAUAGAGAGGAGAAGGCCUAG